AAGGCAUUCUUUGAAUGAAUGGCGGCGCCGUUUGUGUGGAUUAUGCGAUAACGUUUCCGCCCUGUUUGUGGAAAUGCUCGCGAUUCAUGCGAGCACAAGUAGAUCAACUAGUUUCCUGAUGUUGGUGGUUUAUUUUAAGAGAUAUUUUUUUUAAAACCAGCGUUAGAUUUAGGUGCCCUUACUUCUCGUACGACGCUAAACAGCUAGCUUAGCUACGUAGCAUCGAGGCCUAAUUGUCAUCUUGGCACGUUUUAGGAAACGUGUUUGUGGUCGAUGUUAGCGUUUAGAUCCAUGUGCAUCCUGUAACAUUUUGUAUUUGGACAAUUAACCUGCUUAGAAAUGUGCAAAACAUGUUAAGUGACUUGCGCAGUGGCUGAUGAUGAUGAUGAUGAUGAUGAAGAUGACGAUGAUGAUGAUGAAGAUAGUGUAUACCUGCUAAUUAUAGAAAUUGGCUUAACUCUGAAGGACCACCUUCCUAUCAACUGAAGUUUUUUUUUUUACCUCCCAGAACAGUAGCAAACAUGACCAGCAUCCAGUCCAGAGAUGAGUCAGUUGGAGACAGUUCUGACGAUGAACCUCUGAGUAAAAUGUCGAAACCUGGGAAGAAGUGUUCAGAAGAGACGUCCUCAGAUAUCAUGAAAGAUGCUUCACCAGAGAAACCUCUCAAUGAACCAACCUCUGCUGCGGAUGACUGUCCUGGACACAGCACUGAUGAUGAGCCUCUGAGCAAACUGAUUGAGUCAAAGGGGUCGAAACAAUUAAAUAAACAGCCAGAGACUGGGGAACUGUCAGAUUCUGAAGAAGGUCAGCCGCUGACGAUUAUCAUCAAAAAGAAGAAGCAGAAGGCAGAUACAGAAGAGCCUGAAGAUGCCAAGAAGACCAGGAGCCCAAAAAAGCGUAAAGCUGUGACAAAGGCCUCAAAGCUCAGAGAGUCAUCACCCACACCGUCACCAUCUCCGUCACCGGUGAAGGUCACUCAGAGACGAGGACGAAAAGGUAAAGACGACUCAAAGAAGAAAGCAGCGGCACGAUCGGCUGCUGUCAACGCGACGCCUAAAAGGAGAGGACGUGCGAAGAAGGAAGCCGCGUGUAGCGACAGCUCGGAUGACGAGACCUUGAGCGAGUUGGUGAGGAAGAAGAGCGAGCCGGCGAUGAAGCAGGCGGUGGUCCUGUUAGAAAGGAUGUCUGAACAAGACGUGAUGGACGCGGUGGCUCGGGGACGAACACGCAGCCAAGAGCAGGAAGAGAGCACAGCAGAGAGCUCAGAUGAGGAACCUCUGAGUCACAAGUUGAAGAAGCUGAAAGACCAGAGUAAGACUGCGAGAGGCAGAAAACCAGCAGCAGAUGCCAGUUCGGACGACGAGCCUUUGGUGAGGAAAGUGAAAAUGGCGAAGGUGAAGGAUAAGUUUAGAAAGAGAGCCAACGGAGAAGAGGACACGGUCAAACAAGAUAAAGAGCUGAGCGAGGAGGACAAGGGUCCAGACUGAGAUCCCAGCAGCAUCCACACGCAACACAACACACCAGUGAGCGUCUCGCUUCACCAACCUCGUACACACUUUCUCACCAUGACCCAUGAACGUGUUUUCUCUUUCCAGAUUUAACAGAGCAAACGAGAAGAGGACUCGUUUCUUUCACCGUUCUGUAAUCAGUACUUCAGUGCUUCAUUCCCUUUAUUUAUUUAUAUACGCAGUAACAAUAUCGCAGGGUUUGUUUUUUUUUCCAGCUCCUAAAAAUGUAAAUCACUUUCACACCACAAAGUAUCAAAAACCCUAAAAUGCUUUCAUUGACCUUGUUUUAGCAUUUUACAUUUUGUACAGUCUUAACCAGGCUUCAGCCUUUUACAUUGUGUACGUUGAUGCUUUGCUUUGUAUUACGAUACAGAAAAAAAAAGUCACUAAAUGUAAUUGACAGAUUCCGAGAAAGGAACAGAACAUGAAAUAACAGGUUUUUUGAUAAAUAGUAUUGGUGUGUACACAAGUAUGAAGAAGUGUGAGAGAGGAAUGUGGAGAACCGUGUUACAGAUGUAUAUGGGUUUUUUUUUUUUUUUUUUUUUUUUUAGUUUGUUGUGAUAAAUGUGAUUUUACCAGAUCAGAUGGUUGGAAUUCCUAACAAAUGCUUAGAUUCCUGCUGUCAGUACAAUCUACAAGGCUUUAAAAAAUGAUUCAAUAUGUGACUUUAUAAUAAAAAGUGUAGGAACUCUGUA